AUGACGGACUCCGCGAUGACUUGUAAUGUUUGUGGCUCGCCAUAUACCUUACCAGAAGACGAAGUUGUGGGAAACCUCCCGCACGUGCUCCUGUGCGGUCACAUAUUCUGCGUGCCGUGCCUUCGCGCGCUGGUAUCUCCGCAGGGCGUCAUCACGUGCCCGGAUUGCCAGAUGGGCACCAAAGUUGAUGAAGAAGGGGUGGAUGGGUUGCAGGUGGAUAGCAGGAUCAUUGGACUCAUUUAUACCGCCAAGAUGAACUCCAAGAGAAGUUGCCAUGGAAGACACAGAUGGAGGGGUCGACGAGUUGGGAGUCUUCCCUCACCUCCACCUGCCCAUCCAACACAGAAUGCUGGAACGGAUCAAGAUUUGGUGAAAGUUCUGGAUGAAGCUCUGUGUAAGGCAACAGAAAACCUUAAUACCCUUGACAGCCUGCACCAGAGUGUAGUUCAAGGCAUACAGACUGAGCUGAAAAGGGAAAAGACUCGAAUCACCAAGGAAAUUGAGGACUGCAUUGACAAGGCAACUGGCAUAUUGCACAGAAGACGUGGUGUGCUGCUGUCUGAGCUGAACCAGGUGGAGCAGCUGUUCUCCACUGGCCGCGAGGAGUGUCGGAGGGUGGAGGCAAGACGCAAGGAGCUGUUCACGGUCAUGCAGAAAGCACGACACAUCCGUCAGGUGCCCUCACUGAGGACUUGCUGCCAUUUAGCUCAGAUUCUGGAGACUCUGCAGGAACCUGUUGAUGCUGACUCAUUCGACAGGAGUUGCCUGACCUUGUGUUCAGGACUCAGCUGCGUUCUCCAUGUGGACAGUCUGACAGAGAGUGUGGGGAACUGCCUGAAGAUCAUGGACCGCAAGGUUAAUCUGGCAUCUGAACCAGCACAGCUGGACCCCAGUCAGCCGAUGAGGAAUGGGGGGUCAGGGAAGAGGAGGACAGGGCAAGGCAGCUCUGGUCUAUCUGCGUCUCCCGAGAUGGCACAGGAAGACCUGCACACCCGGACCCCUGUAGACCCUGCUGAUGGACACAACACUGACCUCCUGCCCAGUUUUAUUAUAGAGGAAAUCAUUGAGGAAGCAGACAAUGGUGCAGAGAGAGAUGGAAUGGAGCCCAAGAACAGGGAGGGACAGAAAGUGCAGAGGAGAAACCAUAAGGUGUUGCAUGACAGGACGCCUGGAUCCCACCAGAAAGCAUUGCAGGUAUGGGUUGUGCUAAGCCAUUUAAUCAACCCAACACAUUUCUAUGUGCGGUACAUGACGGAGCGGAAAGCAGGAGUUGCGCUGGCCAGGAAGAUUAACAGGUUCUGCUCUGACGCACGUAGCCACUUCGUUGUCAGAGACCAACUCAGCACAGGUAUGAUGGUGUUUGUGAGGUCGAAAGAAGAGGUGUGGUGCAGGGCCCUGGUUUGUGAGCUCUUCCAAAAGGGCUGUCUGGAGAGUGUUUCCCAGUGCCCCAUCUCUGAGGUCGCUCGCCUACAAGUAUUCUUCCAGGAUUAUGGCUUCUCCAAGGGGCUCACCAUCUCAGGUGAUGAAGAUCUGAGCGAGCUGAAUAGGUGUCUUCGUAGAGCUGAUCUGAUUGCCCAGUCAGAUUUGCAUCACUGGGCUCCUCUGGCUAUUAGGUGUUCACUCAAAGACAUUAUUCCUUCAGACCUGGUAAAGGGUUGGAGCGAGGAGGCAUGUCAGGAGAUGAAGCAUGUGAUUGGUUCAAACGCUGUGGAGAUGCAAGUGUUUGAUCAGGAUGGAGACACCCUGCUGGUGGAUUUGAAGAAGGUGUCCACAGACAACACCAAGAACACCCCUCUCUCUCUGAGAGAGCACCUCGUGUUCAUGGAACUGGCCAGGUUCUAUUCCCCUCUUGCCAUCUCUGGAGGUAGUAAGCCUCUGCAGUUUUAUCCUCCUGUGCAUCCCAGACUGAACAUGGAGCUCAACGCUGUGGUCUCCCACGUCAACACACCGUCAGACUUCUACGUGCAACUAGUGGACAGUAGUGAUUUCCUGCUGCUGAACACAAAGCUGCAGAACCAUUACGGGUCUCCUGGAGCUGAGAGUAAGCUGCAGAUCUACUGCCCUGUUCUGGCCCAGGCCUGCAUCGCCCUCUACAACAGCAAAGACUGGUGCAGGGCUCAGGUUACAGGUUUUUCUGGUGGACAGCUGGUGGAGGUGCGGUAUGUAGACUUUGGCAACAAAACAACUCUGCCCGUUACAAACCUUAGACAGAUAAAGGAUGAGUUCUUUGCGCUGCCAGCUAUGGCGCUUUGGUGUUCUCUGGCAGAUGUUGUGAGUUUGGAACACACCUGGAGCGAUGAGAGCAUCAGAGUAUUCCGUGAACUGACAGAAAACAAGUUGGUCACUGUAGUGGCAACAAAGCAUGUGUCCCAGUACACAGCAAUUCCUGUGUGUGUGUGUGAGGUCCGCGAGCAUUCUUCUGAACAUCUAGCCAGUAUUGGAGAGAUCCUGGCCAGAAAAGGGUUGGCCUCAUUAUGCAAACAAGUCCUGGUGACAGAACCUCCCCUGCUCGAGACUGUAGUGUGGGAUCCCCCGUUGGAUGAGAGCCCGCUGGCUGCAGGUGAGCCGGUGCCCCUUAUUCCUGACCCGUCGGAGGUACAGCCCAACUUGACCCUGCCAACCUCCCUUAAGGACCUGAGGGUCAGGGUCACCCAUGUGACCUCUCCUGGAAACAUCUGUGUGCAGCUACUGCAGUCUGAUGCCCAGCUGAAGAGGAUUCAUGACUUGCUCAGUAGAGAGUAUUUAAAGUCUGAGCCAAAAGAGGUCAACUGGAAAGCUGAGAUGACAUGUGCUGCCAAUGUCAACGGAGUGUGGGAGAGAGGAAAGGUGUACAGUGUGUCUUCGGGCAGUCUCGCAGAGGUGCUGCGUUGUGACUUUGGGAAUAUGGUUAAACUCCACACCAGUAACCUGAGGCCACUCGUCCCUGAGCUGAUUGGCUCCCUGCUGCUGGAGUGUUGUCUCAGUGACGUAAGACCUGCUGGUGGUUGCUCCACCUGGACAGCCACAGCUUGUGAAUUCAUCUCCUACUAUCUGACUGGAGCCUUGGCCAUAAUGACCAUUAAGGAUCCCUCUGUUGCCAGACCAAUGCCGAUCUCUCUGUACUGCUCCAACCGAGCAGGCCAGGACGUUAGUAUCGCAGACUUCCUCAUCAGCGAGGGACUCGCCCUGAGAGAGAGAAGUGUCAAAGCUGCUGCCCAACGCAAACCAGACCCUACCCUGUCUGAGGAAAUCAGCUGUCCACCAGAGGGCAUUUUGGCAGGUCAGGAUGAGUGUGUCUCGACCUUGGAAGACAUCGUGCGUGAAGACGGUGAUCAGCGUAGCCAGCAGUGGUGCACCUCUCCACCCAAACAUGCCCCAUCCCCAACCUCUCCCCCAGCAGUGAGGACGCAGGCCUAUCUGCCCCCCGAGUUGCCGCCACACAGACUCACGCGCAUGAGCAUCUGCGCUGUGUCUGACAACGGGGUCAUCUACACCAUGACCCCACAGACUGAGUGUGAAUUUGAGCGCUUGCAGGAGUCUCUGCAGCAGCACAUUAAGACCCUUCCCCGCCAGAAGUCCUACAACUGGAAGAAAGUGCUGGGCUGUGCUGUCAUGGGCUCCGACAUGUUGUGGUACCGUGGGCAGGUCCAGGAGGUCAUUGGCGGUCAUGUGAAGGUCCGAUACGUGGAUCAGGGCAUAGUGGAGAACAUUCCCGUAUGCCACGUCUAUCCCAAGGUGCUUUGUGAGACUGUUCCUCAGCUCUGCGUGCCUUGUCAGAUAAAUGGCGUGAUUCCGGUAGGGACAAUGUGGCAGUGGGAUGCAGUGGCCCUGAUGAAGGAGUUAUUGCUUGGCCGUACUUUUGACGUGCAGGUCGUGGAACUGCCGGAGGACCCACGAGGCUUGGUUACCGUGGAGAUAAUGUUGGAUGGGAUGCCGCUGAGCAGACUCAUGGUGUAUCACCAGCAUGCCACUGCUGUCCCUGGCAGCAGCAGCCUUGAGGAUUACGUGGUGAAGGCUCCAGUGCCAGAUUUGGAUGACUGGGAUAUAACCAUAGAGGGCUUGGAGGAUCCCUCGGCUAUUUUAGGGGUGUAUAGUAACCCCAAACUUCCUGAUAAAGGCAAACUAUUCCAGGUCCAGAUUAAGCACAUUCGAGCCCCCAACGAGGUGUUCCUGAGUUUGUUGGACACACAGGAGUGUGAGGGGGAGACUCUGGAGGAAGCUCUGGAGCGAGUGAACAGUGAUGCUGCCUCUCUGGCCCAGCUCACAGACUUCCCCAUCGAGGGCCCAUGUCUAGCUCAGUACAGAGAUGGCAAAUAUUACCGUGCAAAGCUGUUGGGUUUUGCCGAGCUCAGCCCCAGUGUCAGGCUUCUCGUGAGACAUGUGGACUUUGGCUCAGAUGACAUCCUACUGCCAUAUGAGCUGCGCUGUCUUCCCUCCUCGCUCCUCCGUUUCCCAUGUGGGGCGGUCUGUGUGUGGCUGGCGGGCUUCAAGCCGCAGUGCGCGUGUGUGGAGUUGGAGCGCGUCUCCUACCGGCCAGAGUGGAGCAUGCGGGCCAUGCUAGAGAUGAUCGACCUGCUGCAUGGUUGCCUUAGUGCCAUGGUGACGGCAGUGGAGCCACAGCUGAUCGUGUACUUGUACAACGCAGAUGGGACGUUGGUGCAUGUGCCCCUGGUGGAGAAAGGCCUUGCUGAAUAUGACUGACCUGAUACUGAAUAAGAGUAUAACCAUACAGCAAACUACGAGACUUGCCCGUUUAAUGGGUCUGUUUUGUUAUUGCGCAAUGUUGUUUUUGUAAACUGAAGGAGGCUUUUAAAUGCCUGCAAAGUAAUAUUUUCCACGUUUUGUUUGCUCCAGGAAGAGUGGCAUUUUUGUCUUAUUAGACCACAGGUUGAUGUUCUAAGUUCACAGUACUUGUUUAGUGUGGACUCAUUACAGUAACUUAAACAAUAGUACUUAUGUUAACUGUGCUAAAGCUCAGAUUUCAGUCUGC